UAUUGUUAAACCGGCGCCCGCCUCUAUCAGUUAUCGCCUCCCCUUCCGUUCCCCUCCUCCCUCCUUCCUCCUCUCCCCGCAUUUCCGGCCAGGGGGACGCGACAUUGACGCCUCCGCCGAGCUUUGGGGAUGACUGGCAGUAGAAGGGUCCAAGCCUCAGGCUAUCAAUUGUACUGUCCUGGUUGGAAUUGCCUGGACAGCUGGAUUGCAAGUCUGUGUCCACGUUAAAGUCUUCUUGUGGAGGAUACCAUACUGCUAUAUCGACUGAAUUGUUCUUUGAAGCUUAGGUGAUAUAAGGAAAUGGGAUGUUCAAUGGUUAUUCUGAAAAAUGACCAAUGGUUUACUAACUAGUGUUCAUUAAUUGAGAGGCCAAACAUGCGGUGGAAACGAAAGAUACAUCAUGGAGGACCAUCUAAACAACAACAGGUCGGUCCACUUGCGGAUGAAAUAUGUGCUGUUGAUGAGGAGGUUUCCCAUCUUUGUAGAAUUAAAUCUGAACCAAGUCAGAGAACUUGUGCAUCCAUUUAUGCUGGCCAGAAGAGGCCUGUCUCAACAUUCAAGCUAUUAUCAGGGAGAGAAUCCAAUUGCUCGGGGAUGGGCAGGUUCUCUUCAGCUGAUUGCUCUUAUGCUCUUCGGAAACACCUACCAGUGAAAGGCCCAUGGUGUGUGGAUGAUAUGGAUAGUGAAGCUUACAUCUCACAGUUCUCUGCAGAUGGUUCACUUCUAAUUGGUGGGUUCCGGGGAAGCCACAUCAGAGUCUACAACUCCGAAAAUAAUUGGAAGGUUCAUAAAGAUAUAACCUGCAAACGUCUGCGCUGGACAAUUUCAGAUAUUGCUCUCUCACCUGAUCAACAGUUCCUAGAAAUUCAUGAGGGUCUGGAGUUUUCUGACGAUGAUGACGAAUUCUCCUUUGGGAUAUUCUCUGUAAAAUUCUCAAAAGAUGGGCGAGAACUUGUUGUAGGAAACAACAAUGAAUCAAUAUGUAUUUAUGAUCUUGGAGCAAACAAAGUAACAGAACGCAUUAAUGCACAUGUGGCUGAUGUCAAUGUGGCCACCUUCGCUGAUGAAACAAGUGAUGUCUUGUACUCUGGAAGUGAUGAUAGCCUUUGUAAGGUUUGGGAUAGGCGCUGCCACAAGAAACAAAAACCAGUAGGUGUUUUGACCGGUCAUUUAGAUGGGAUUACAUUUAUUGAUAGCCGUGGAGAUGGGCACUAUUUUAUCUCAAACUGCAAGGAUCAGACUAUUAAAUUAUGGGAUCUCAGGAAAAUGUCCUCCACUACAAAAGACUGCACACCAAAAGCAUAUGAAUGGGAUUACAGAUGGAUGACAUACCCGUCAGAAGCCCGAUAUUUGAAGCAUCCAUAUGAUCAGUCACUAGCCACAUUCAGAGGCCAUUCUGUGUUGCGCACACUUAUUCGCUGUUAUUUUUCCCCAAUGCACAGCACGGGUCAGAGGUACAUAUACACAGGAUCCAGUGACCAAUGUGUCUAUAUUUAUGAUGUGGCGACAGGUAAGGUUGUUGAAAAACUGAGAUGGCAUGGGUCGAUCAUCAGAGACUGCUCAUGGCACCCGUACCUCCCCACACUUGUCAGCUCUUCUUGGGACGGCUAUUUGGUCCGGUGGGAGGCAACAGAGGAUGACAGAGACCCCUCCAUGCUCAAGACAGGGAAGCAGAGGAUGCAUCCAGAGGGAUACACAAUGUCGUUUGUCCUUUAGAAGUGAAGCUCACAAGGGUCUCAUGUAUAUGCAGGCUCUACACGCCUCUGGUUCGAAAAAGUCCGUUUUCUUUUCAAAA